AUGGUCAACGACAAGUAGAUUUUGUUCUGGCAUAUCCCAAAAGCAGCUUAAAUGAAAAACAUCGACAGAAACGAGAAAUGUUUUGUCAAAACCUCGAGUUGGAAGGACUUGAACUCGAACAUGAUUCGUCCCACGCAAUGCAGCAAUUUAUAAAAAUUCAUGUUCCACAAAAUGUGCUUAUACGGUUUUGUGAAAUUUUGAAGUUUCGUAUGCCAAUUCGGGAGAAAUACUUGAGCGAAGUGAAACGAAAAAAGAAAAAAAUCAGUUUAUGGGAUCAGUUUAAGGCAUGGAUGUUGAGUCCAUUUGAAUGUGUCGAAUUGCAAACGAAUCUCAAGCCCGGAACAGAGUUUAAGGUUUAUCAUGAGUUCGAGAGACAAAAGGAAUUUUUAUUCGACAUGAACGAUCCAAAAUUUUUCACACAAUCUGUUCGUAUAUCCGUUGUUUCGUACAUUCUUGAAAGGACUCGAUUCACGGGAAUUUUAGAUGUUUCGAAUUUAUCUCGAAAUGUUGUUGGUAUUGAAAAACUUUUGCAAGAUAAAGUUUUUAGAGCUGCUUUUCCAUUACAUGAUGGCGAUACUUCCGAGCAUAGGAGUAAACGUCAUUUGUUAUUAAAAGAAUGGGCUUCCAUUAAGCAUUGGAUGCGAUAUCAACCCCUUGAUGAAGUUAAGGAAUAUUUUGGUGCUCAAAUCGCUCUUUAUUUCGCAUGGAUCGGAUAUUAUUGCCAAAUGUUAAUUGUUCCUUCAAUUUUUGGCAUUAUUUGUGUUUUGUAUGGGCUUUCAACGAUGUUCAGUAAUCAAAUAAGCAAGGAGAUUUGUUCUGCUAAUAAUACAAUUGUUGUAUGCCCGCAAUGCGAUGAACAGUGUGAUUAUUGGAAAUUAGAUGAAACUUGCUUGUAUUCUCGAUUGAAAAAUAUGUUUGACAAUAAGUUGACUGUAAUAUUUGCCAUUUUCAUGUCUGUUUGGGCGACUGUAUAUCUUGAACUAUGGAAACGAUACAGUGCAAGACUCGUUCAUAAUUGGGGACUUUCUAAUUAUACAAAACGAGGAGAACAUCCUCGCCCGCAAUAUCUUUCACGAUUGAAAAAUGUCAAGAAAAUCGAAGUAAAUGUUGAAACUUUGAUGAAGGAACCAAAAUUGUCGUAUUGGAAGUCAAGAUUUCCUCGUUACUUUUUGAGUUAUACAACAAUUAUCCUAUUGAUAAUUUUGUCUUUAAUUGCAAUGGGCAGUAUCAUAGUUUUUCGCAUGGCAGCAAUUAAAGCUCAACAUUUCUACGAUAAGAAACGUUCGAUGACACAACAAUCGCUUUUCCUUCCAAUAACAACUGCCAUAAUUGAUUUAGUCGUUAUUACAAUGCUCAAUUACGCUUACAAAUAUCUUGCCAUAGUUCUGACCAACUUGGAGUUGAAAAGAACGCAAAUCGAGUACGACGAAAGUGUCUCGAUAAAAAUUUAUUUGUUCCAAUUCGUCAAUUAUUACAGCUCGAUGUUCUACAUUUCUUUCAUCAAAGGAAAGCUCAUUGGAUAUCCCGCGAAAUACAAUCGAAUCUUCGGUUUGAGACAAGAAGAAUGCAAUCCGGGAGGAUGUAUGACUGAAUUGUGCAUCGAAUUAGCUGUUUUAAUGAUAGGCAAACAAGUUAUCAACACUGUGAUGGAAAAUAUGAUCCCAUUUAUAAGAAAAACUUACAACAAAAUUGCUUUGCGAGCUCAAAAAUCGAAGAAACGCUUUUCAGUUAUAACGCCAACUUUGACACACACCCAAUGGGAAGAAGAUUACGCAUUACUGAAAUGGGAUUCGCAAUACAUCUACAAAGAACAUUUGGAGCUCGUCAUUCAAUUUGGAUUUGUGAUGCUUUUUAUCGUUGCAUUUCCGCUUUCGCCGUUACUUGCAUUGAUCAACAACGUUUUUGAAAUGCGUUUGGAUGCCAAAAAGUAUCUUCUCCAUUUCCGUCGUCCCGUACCAAAACGCGUAAAGGAUAUCGGACAUUGGAAUAACAUUCUCCAAUUGAUUUGUCGCAUGUCAGUCAUAACAAACGCCAUAUUAAUCGCAUUUUCUUCAGAUUUCAUACCUCAAAUGGUAUACCAACAAUUUCACAGUCACUCAACAAGUUACUUGAAUUUCACGUACGCUGCCUUCAAUGUGACAGAUUUUCAAGAAGGAUCUGCUCCUCUAACAACACAAUUCAGUAAUUUGGAAAUUUGUCAUUACGAGAGCUUCCGAAAUGGACCAAAUGUUGAUCCGAAGUAUAAAAAAUCCUUAAUUUAUUGGCAAAUUUUGGCUGUGAGAGUAAUUUUUGUUGUUCUCUAUACGAAUCUUGUAUCAACAGUUCGAUUAAUUGUGAAUUGGUUGAUACCCAAAGUGCCUGAUGAUGUGAAAAAAGAUCAAAAAUGGGGAGAAAACUUGAUAAGUACGAUUGUAAUGAAUCAAGGAGUAGAAAUGGUUGAUUUAGGAAAUAAUAAUUAAAUAA